GAAAAUAUGAAAGAAGCGAUGGAUUUCUAAUCUAUCAAUCUUAGAUACUUCAUUACAGGCCUAGCAGAUAGUAGAGGAAGGAUAAGAUAGAUUGCAAAAUGGCCCAGGCUGGAGGGGGGAAUACAAGCCAUUUAGACUGCAAGAAUCUUCAUCAAUAUCUACGUACCUUACCUACAAAGCUCUUGGAUCAACUGUACACACACCCUGCAACAUGUCUAGCAGUAUUCCAGGAUUUAGACAGCCUCGCCAAAACAUUCAUCAUGAGAAUGUUAUUUUUGGAGCAGGCUUUACCAAAGGCAUCUAUCUCAACCUGGGUGAAGUCUGAGCAUUCUGGGGAAUAUCUUGAGGCUGAACGAGCCUUAGCGGGUCUUCGAAUAUGGCAGGAACAGCAGUUACCAGGUGGUUUGAUGGGCUGGGUCCUCAAUGGAACAUUCCAGUCUAAUCUUAAAGUGGCUCUUCUUGGAGGGGGUAGCCCAUGGUCUGGCUCACGUGCUAUGAAUGAUGUCGACAAAUAUGGCAAAGAUAUUAAGUACCUAGACACAUAUGCAUUGGAGAGAUGGGAGUGUGUUUUACACUUCAUGGUUGGCUCCAAGGAAGCUUGUGAUGGAGUCAGUAAAGAUGUAGUCUCUAUUCUCUUACAUGCAGGUCUCAUGAAAUGUGAUGCAGGAGAUUCAUUACCAGCCAUAACACCUUCUGGAUUCCAUUUCUUGUUGAUGAACACAGCAGCUCAAGUUUGGUACUUCAUGCUACAGUAUUUGGACACUUUGGAGUCUCGCGGUAUCAAUCUGGUGGAAUGCUUAUCCUUUCUGUUCCAACUCAGCUUUUCAAAAAUGGGCAAGGACUACUCAACAGAUGGAAUGACAGAAUCACAACUCCCCUUUAUGCAACACUUACGUGAAAUAGGACUCAUUUACCAACGCAAACGAAAAUCUCAACGAUACUAUCCAACAAGACUUGCAAUCAAUUUAGUUUCUGGAUUAAAUCAAAGCAGUGCAGAUGCCCACAGAGAAGGGUUCCUUGUGGUCGAGACCAAUUACAGAGUAUAUGCAUACACUUGUUCCCCUCUACAGAUAGCAUUGCUCGCAUUAUUUUGUGAAAUGUUGUAUAGAUUUCCAAAUUUCUGUGUUUGCGUGCUUACUCGUGAGAGUGUACGUCAAGCACUCAUCUGUGGCAUCACUGCGGAACAAAUUUUGAACUUCCUUCGUAGCCACGCCCACCCGGAAGCACUAAAGAAAACUCCAGUGAUACCACCUACAAUAAGUGAUCAAGUAAGACUUUGGGAAAUUGAGAGAGAUCGAUUUAAGUUCUCUGAUGGUGUUUUGUACAAUCAAUUCCUCUCAGCAGCAGACUUUGAGAUGUUACGUGACUAUGCCAAAGAUUUGAAUGUGUUGGUUUGGGAAAAGCCAAAGAACAGAGUUAUGAUUGUGAGCAAGGCUGGCCACGAUGAUGUCAAACGAUUUUGGAAAAGACAUAAAACGUCAUAGUGUCAUAUAAGCAUUCUCCAUUUGGAGAACAGAGAUGUAGGCUACUUAAAAUUGAGUUGGGGAUUGUUGGGUUUGAGCAUUAGGAAUUGUGACUAAUUGUUAACACGCUGUGUUCAAAUUAAGCAGAUGAAAAAAAUAAUAUCAUAUGACAUGUAUGAAUAUAUUUUAAUUGAUAAAAAUGAUACAGUGUAUCCCUCAAAGUCUUUAGGUAGUACAGUAGGUGUUGUUGGGAAACGGUUCACAAGAAUCACAUGGUCUUACCCUAAACUUGAAAAAUAAAUCUGCCAUAAAGUUUUCAAAGUGGAGGGGUGGGUAUAACAAUGCCUCAUCAAAUUACAGAAUUUCAAGUUUAUAAUGAGUUUCUCAUAUUGAUCCUGCUGACGAGCCCAAGAUUAUAUGCAAUAAGUGUUCAUGUCUGUUAUAUUUUCUAAAGGAUCUUACUAGGAAUACUAUGCCUAUUCUCAUGGGCUUGUACUCAUACUUAUGAAAGGCAAAUGAUACUUAAACAAGGUAUUGUAACAUUGUAAG